GAUGGGAAUCGCCUCCUCCUCAUCAUCCAACCCGGAAUCGAGAGCUAUGGCGCUCGCCAAGGCCAAGGAGAUCGUCGCCUCCGCUCCCCUCGUCGUCUUCAGCAAGACUUCCUGCCCUUUCUGCGUCCGUGUGAAGCAGUUGUUUGAGAAGCUGGGAGCAAGCUACAAGGCCAUUGAGUUGGAUGUGGAAAGUGAGUGCACUUAAAUUUGUUCGUGCUUUCAGUGACUUAUGCAAUUCAUAGUUUGAUUGUACUUAGGUAUUACCGCUAGCUGAAAACUUGGGAUGUUUUUGGUGUUGUUUUGCUGAAUUAUAAAAUGUUUAUAAGAGCUUAUACAUGAGAUAUUUAGUACACAAGUACCAUAAUGGAUUGUGGCACAAUUGAAUUUCUAUGCAAGUUGGUGAUUUGGUUGGUCCUUAUGGCAUGAGCUUAAAUGAUCUCCACUUGGUUAGGUGCUGGAGAAACACUGGUUAUGGCCAUAACAAGAACAAAUCAUUGGUUUCUUUUUUGCUGCUUCUUUGUACAGUCCUUUGCAAAUAUUUGUACAGCUUUGCUCUCUAUAUAAAUAAAUUUUCCCUCCUGUUUUGUCAUCAGAAAAAAAAACUAAGAACAAAUCACCUGAUAAAUAUAGUGCCAAAUGCUAAGCUGCAUGUUGCUAACCUGCAGUGUCUUAUGUGUCGUAUUGUUUCACUUACUGGACCAUAUCACAUUCUUUUAAGCUGAAAUAUUUGGAUUCCAAUCCCAAGCACAAAUUACUAUUGCUGCUGAGUUUACCACUCAUGGCAAACAUUUAGUGGGUCUCUCUGUGCUUCAUAACUCUUACUGCACUAACCUGUUCUAUUUAGGUGAUGGGCCUGAGCUCCAGAAUGCCCUCAAGGAGUGGACUGGACAGAGGACUGUCCCAAAUGUCUUCAUCAAUGGGAAGCAUAUUGGCGGCUGUGAUGAUACUAUGGCACUGAACAAUGAUGGGAAGCUGGUGCCUCUGCUGACUGAGGCUGGAGCCAUCGCCGGUUCUACCUCAAAGACAACCGUCACUGCUUGACAUUUGUGUUACCGUUCCUGUGCUUAAAAUAAAGAUGCUUUGCAAGUGCUGAACUUGCAGCUGUCAGAUGCUAUCUGGGAUGUUGGAUCCCUGUGUACAAACUGCCUAGACAUCAGUCGAGUCGUAUCCCAGUGCUUGUUGUGCACUCUACUGCCGUUGCUCUGUUUGUCUUUCUUCUAGAAAUACUCCGUCCGUGCAUAUCUGAGCCUGGACUGCAUUUCAUCCAAUGAAAAUGAGUAAAUGCUGUAGUCCAACUGGAACCUGAAAACAGUUUCCGGCGUGAAACUGCAAUGGAUUAAGGAUUAUGAGAACCACUAACACAUAAAUACUUGUAGGCUCGUAGCACCCAGAUGAUACGCAAAGCACGCCUUAGGCGCCAGUCCGAAUGGGAGAGCCUAAUCUAAAUUAGCUAACAGUAGUACACAUCAGGAGUUAAACAUUUUUAAAUUUGACUAAAUAAAUAUAUAAAAAUAUACUAAUAUUUAUCAUAUGUAAUAUAUAUUAUUAGAUUGAAUAUUAAAUAUACUUAUUUGUAGAUAUAAAUAUUGAUAUUAGUUGAUAUAUUUUUAGUCAAAUUUAAAAAAAUUUGACUCUUUAAGAAGUAAAAUGUGCAUUUAUUUGUGGACGGAGGUAAUAACUAGAUGGACAUGGACUACGGGGCCGAACCGAACCACGGAAGCGAUCGAUCGAGACGGAAAGAAAAGGAACAGACGCAGAGAAAAAGUGAAGGCGCCUCGCCGCCGCCGCCCUAGGCCUUACCCUCCGCUCCGUGCCACGUGUCCUUCGAUUGACGAUGUCUUCUCCUGAUCAGGCCGACGUUGCUCCGGUACGCUCCGAUGGCUUGGUGGCGGGCUUGGCGGCCCCAGGGAUGGGCGAAUCCUCGGGGAUUGGGUCCUCCCAUGACGCCACGUCCGCUACGGCGACUGCGAGGCGGAGGACGCCCGGCCGAUGGAGGAGGAUCGCACGCCCCGGGGCUGCCACUCGGCCGCCGUCGCAACCGCAUCCGAGAUUGAUAGUGGCGACGGUGGGGUCGAAAGAGUGGUUGGAGGCGAGGGAGAGGGGGAAACAGCAGAUGCUGAAGCAGGCGGAGGAGCUGGAGAAUAUGGCGGACGAUGUUCCCGGCUUAUCGGAGGAAGACCUAGCCGCCUGGCGCGCCUACAAGGCCAAGUUCUCUGGGUAUAUGCGCUGGAUGGCCACCGACGAGGUCACCAUCCGCCCCACGCCGCCACCCAGUGAUACGCAAGAGGAGCAAUUGAGCGCUGAGUACAUGGAAGAACUUCUUGCUGGGCGUGAGAUUUGCCCUCAAGCACGAAACUUUGCUACUCUUGCUCUUAAACACUACAACUCCAAGAGAACGCAUAAAUUUGAGAUGGCAACUGUGCUUCUAUCUAAGUGCUUCGCUGAGGUAGAUGGACAGACAUUUGCCCAUGUCAACUUUACUGCAGCCCCUGAGGGUCAAAGCAACUCCAUUACAGGCAAGAGGCUGUUCUUUGCCGAACUCAUGCUUAUUCCAGAGCUUCAGGUAGAUGAAACUGCUGAGCCUAUGCGUGUCCUCAAUGUGUGCACCAUUGAUGAUUCAUGUUAUGGUGGGUGUCACUUGAUAAGGAGGGAUAUCAAGAACACGCUAAGAAACAAAAUGGAUUAUGAGCGGUGUCAUGCGUGUAGCCAUCGAAUUAAACACCCAAAAGGUGAUCAGUUCAUUGCCGGUCAUAACUCCACCAGGAUGCCAUACUACAGCGCGUUUCCAGCGGUGUCCUGCAUGCAGCCACCGAAUUAAACACCAAAAAGGUGAUCAGUUCAUUGUUGGUCGAUCAGUUCAUUGUUGGUCAUAAGUCCACUAGGAUGUCAUACUACAGUGCGUUUCCGUGGAUCCCCAAAUUUAUUACUCUAUGUGAUGGAAUGUAAUAGGUUGUUUUUCAUAUAAUUGAGUUCAUUUUGGAGGGAAGUAGAUUAUGUAAACAAGGUGGAUGUUUAUUUCAUUUCUCAUGUACUACAUACACUUGUACAAUUUCCUUGUCUGUACUGACAAAAGUCAAAUUGAAAAUGCGGUAUUCUUCCUUUAACAAACUUUAA